AUGGGAAACCAGUGGACGGUCCGCCCCAACCACUCGCAUUCCGCUCAUCCCGCUCAUCCCAUUCCCAUUCUCUGUUCCAAUGGUUCACACACGUGUCUUCUCUUCUUUCUCCUGAAUUGAUCGGUUUCCAGGGACCGCGGCCAUCACCAUGAACACUGAUGAAGACUCUCGCGACUCGGGAAUCUGCGAUAUGGAGGAAGGCGCCCCCACUUCCUUCGGGUCUUUUCAAUCCGCUGUAAGUUUUCAUCACCACUCUUAUUUUCUUCCCUUUCCAACUUAAUUCUUCUUUUCAGUCUCAUCAAAGCGAAGCGAUGGAAGUGGACGAGAUCGAGAACACGGAACCCGAUGACGGCUCCUUGAUCCAAUCGAACAGGACAACGAUUAGGUGAGAGUUUUGGCACUCGACGGGAUCCGGAUUCUCGAUUUCGAUGUGAACCAUAAGUUCUUUUCGUUAUCUUUUAAACAUUGACAGAUAUCGCCGUCACGAACUUUGCAUAAUUUCCAAACUUACAGUAGAAGAAAGAGCCAGGUCCGACUUUUCAACGGAGUUGAAGAGUCCCCUAAGUCUGCGCUAUUGUUAUUCCGUCGUCCCACCUUGACUAUACGAUCGAAGAACGGAAGUCGAAAGCGGUUCGGAGAUGGCGACGAAUGGGUUCCUUUCAAGAUGGGGAAAACGCAGGAGACGCCGAGGGCUUCCGAUCACUACCAUCUCGAGUCGAUGAAGGUGGACGAAGAGGAGGAGCAGAUGAUGGACGAUAUCAUGCUGGCACACCAACACCACCAGUUCCACCAGUCGACAUCCCAACAAAGUCUCCGAACUUCUUCAGGCAGUUUACAGCGUCAUCACACCGUCGCCUCCAUGAUGGGUCAUUUGGACGAGGAGGAAAUGGAGGAGGAGGAGCAGGACGAAAGCCAUCUCGUCGUUCGCUAUCAGCUGAAGACCCUCCGGACCUGGUGCUCGACUCUCUACCGUCGAAUCGAUGCAAACACGCUCAUCUACAUACUCUCGACGCUGACAUCUGUCGAAUUUCAGGCAAAGUUCAUUUUGGUCGAUUGUCGCUACCCGUUCGAGUUCGACGGAGGGCACAUCAAGGUGAGCAGUUCGCUAUAUCGUAAUCCUUCCGAUGAUUACAGCACGCCGUCAAUUUCUACGACCGCGACAACGUGGCCACGUUCUUCUUCGACGAAACGGGCAAGCCUCGCUCGAACCGCGUCCCCAUCUUUUACUGCGAAUUCUCGCAAAAGCGCGGUCCUUCGAUGGCGUACGCUCUCCGAAAAGACGACCGUCAACGCAACGUGUGCAACUAUCCGAACUGCAGUUACGAGGAGAUGUACGUACUCGACAAGGGAUUCCGCAACUUUUACCAUAUUGUGCAAGCUGAACCUGUGAGUUUGCGCCCACUUGAUUUCACAAGUAGAAGAUAUCUGGUUUAGGAGCAGAAGGAGGAGCUGUGCCAACCGAACAGCUACGUGGAAAUGAACGACGUGCGGUUCUCGGGAGAGCUCAAGAAGUGGAAUUUCCAUGUUGAGCACAGAAGAUCGGGACAGACUGUGCAGAGGGCUGAGUGAGUGUUCUGGGAUGGUCCACCAGACGGGAAAUCUAUCGUAUCGAUCGAGAAUCACUUCAGAAAAUCACAUUUAGGCAUUUCGCGACGACGCUCUGCCGCUCCGCUACUGCCGAUCCGGCGCUCAUCACCCGCAACCUCCGCUCCACCUCUUUCCUCUCCACGUCAACCUUCUCUUCCUGCUCCGCGUCUUCGGUCUUCUCGUCUUCUGCCUCGACGUCUUCCACGUCAUCGUCCGUCGUCGUGUCAACCUCGACGAAUGAGCGUUCAACGCCCGCCCUGCACCGGACCGCUUCCUCGCGUCGCAAUCUUUUCGACGUGAACAACUCGCCGACCAACUUCGACCGGCCCGCCCAGCUCCAGAGCUCUCCGUCGCCGCCACGAGAGGACUUGGUGCUGAGACCGCCACAGUUCACGUAG